AGCUCUCGGGAGCCUGAGCCCAGGACUCCUCCAGCACCGCUGGAAGAGGACAACCUCCAGCCCACCAGCCGGCAGCGCCGCAGCCAAGCGUCAGAGAGAGCGGCAGCAUGAAGCAGACGAACCUCCCUGAGGAGAACGGCGUGAGCGAGGCCAUGGCCGCUGACCAGCAGCAGCCUCCAGCCAGCAGCAGCAGGAAGAAGCGCCGCUGGCUUCGGCGCCUGUUCCCGGACACCUUUUGGGAGGACACGAAGAAGCUGCUGGUGCUGGCGGGGCCACUGAUCCUGAUCCAGCUGCUCAUCUUCCUCAUACACCUCGUCAGCUCCAUAUUUUGUGGCCACCUGGGCAAAGUCGAGCUGGCCUCUGUCACGCUGGCCAUCGCUGUUAUAAAUGUCACUGCCAUCUCUGUAGGCUAUGGUUUGUCUUCAGCGUGUGACACCUUAAUAUCACAGACCUAUGGCAGCAGGAACCUGCUGCGCGUGGGGGUGAUCCUGCAGCGAGCCACCCUCAUCCUCCUGCUCUGCUGCUUCCCCUGCUGCGCCGUCCUCAUCAACAUUGAGCAGCUGCUGCUCCUCAUCCGCCAGGACCCCGAGGUCUCCAGGUCGGGUGGUCCCGUGGCCCAGACACCACUGCCUCGUCCCUCCCGGCACGGUGGGGCUGCAAGGAGGGUGGCGGUGGUCGUGGCCCCUCGUUACCCAUGCCUCUCGUGUUCCCCCAGGUUAACCCAGCGUUACGUAAUGGCUUUUGUCCCUGCCCUCCCGGCUGUUUUCCUGUAUAACCUGGAGACAAGAUACCUGCAGAACCAGAUGAUCAUGUGGCCGCUGGUGCUGAGCGGGAUCGUUGGCAACGUCGUCAACGUGAUCGCAAACUGCGUCUUCCUCUACGUGUUCCACCUGGGCAUCACGGGGUCUGCCUGGGCCAACACAGCUGCGCAGUACGCACAAGCCAUCUUCUUGUUCCUCUACAUCAUAGGCAGGAAACUCCACGUGAAGACCUGGGCAGGCUGGUCCAGCGAGUGCCUGCUGGAGUGGGACAGCUUCACUGCCCUGGCCAUCCCCAGCAUGCUCAUGAUGUGCAUUGAGUGGUGGACUUAUGAAAUUGGGAGCUUCUUGAUAGGCCUGCUGAGCGUCGUAGAGCUCUCUGCACAGUCCAUCAUCUACGAGGUGUCCGUGGUUGCUUUCAUGAUCCCUCUGGGGCUUGGCACAGCUGCCAGUGUGCAGGUGGGGAACGCCUUGGGUGCUGGCGACGUGGAGACAGCCAAGAAAUCCUCCUCCACCAGCCUGCUCUGCACAGGGGUGUUUUGUGUAGCCGUGGGGGCCAUUCUAGCUGCCACGAAGGACAUGCUGGGAUACAUCUUCACCAAUGAGAAGGAGAUUGUCGACUUGGUGGCCUGGGUCAUACCUAUCUAUGUUGUCUUCCACUUGUUUGAAGCCACGUGUGCUGCAGGUGAGCACCAGCACAUGGACCAGGACCUGGCAGAGCUCCUAGGAUCACCCCUCAGAAAAUACUAUGUGCAGAGAAAGAUGAUGACCUACAGGACUGGGCAGGGACACAGAAACAACUGGGCAGGGAGCUGGCUCAUCACCAGGCUGGUUCACCAGCUCCCCCGGCUAUGGCAGAGCCUCAAAUUCGGCCAGGGCAGUGCCCCCAGCCUUGCUCCCAGCCCCUCUCUGUCUCCCUUACAGGGUGCCUGCAGCGGGGUGCUCAGAGGUAUAGGCAAGCAGAAAUUCGGUGCCAUUCUCAAUGCUGUGGGCUACUACGGUGUGGGCCUGCCCCUGGCAGCUGUGCUGCUCUUCGUGGCCAGGAUCGGAGUCAUAGGCCUGUGGCUCGGCAUGCUGGCCUGUGUCGCCCUCCUCUGCACCUCCUUCAUCAUCUACAUCUGCCGCAUGGACUGGAGGAAGGCAGCUGAGGAGGCUCAGCGCCGUGCAGGAGUGACCCAGUCGCCGCCAGAGGAGCUGAACCCAGGCCCUGAACCCUCCUGCAAGGAGCUUCCCUCUGACGUGGAGCCAGCCCUCCUGCCCCAUGCUUACCCACCUGCCGCGGUUGUGCAGGCCUGCGUAGCGGGAAUGGACACACAAAACGGUGUUGUGCUCAUGGGCAUCACCAAGGCGGAGGGAACAGCGUACCAGCUGGAGCCCCAGGAACGCACACGUGCCACGUCCCAUCCAGCCCCUGCCGUGGUCACCAGGGGGUUGAUCAUCCGGCGAGGGCUGGUGGUGGUGGCAGCCCUCGCAGUGUUUGCACUUGGCAUCCUCAUAAAGCUGAUGACCAGCGAAGACUGACUGGCACCAGGGGCUGUGGGGUCGCUGCUUGACGGGUGGAUGCUGGGAGCGCAGACUGGCCAGCCAGAGUCCAGCACACACUUGUCCCACGGGAGUCAAAGAGCCCUCACCUGCAUUUGGCAGCACCUGCUCGGCCUCUGCUCAGGAACAGGCCCUGUGGCUGCUCCAGCACCCAAACCUCUGCUCUGGGCUGCCCAGUUCACUCUGAGUGUGGCAUGAACCCCUCCAGCCCACACUGCUGGCUGGCACCCACUGACUGGAGCAGAGCAUGGCCAGGCUCACACUGCUGCUCCUUGGCAAAUAAAGACUUCAUCCAUCUGGA